UUUUCCACAUAUAUACAGACAAAGACAUUCUCUCCCAUUUCUCACCAUGUCCAAUUAGCUUCUCUCUCUUCCUUUGUCACGUUCGGCAUUCAAAAAUAACGAAACACCGGCGUUGUUUCAAAUGGCGACUAGAAUGGAUCUGGAUGGAAGGCCUAUAAAGCCGAUGACGAUAUGCAUGAUUGGAGCCGGCGGCUUCAUUGGUUCUCACCUUUGUGAGAAACUGAUGGCGGAGACGCCGCACAAGGUGCUUGCCUUGGAUGUUUACAGUGACAAGAUCAAGCACCUUCUUGAGCCUGACUCUCUUCCUUGGGCUGGCCGUAUUGUGUUCCACCGACUUAACAUCAAGCACGAUUCUAGGCUCGAAGGCCUUAUCAAGAUGGCAGAUCUCACGAUAAAUCUUGCGGCGAUCUGUACUCCAGCAGACUAUAAUACUCGUCCACUUGACACGAUUUACAGCAAUUUUAUUGAUGCACUUCCGGUGGUAAAGUACUGCUCAGAGAACAACAAGCGUCUUAUUCACUUCUCUACUUGCGAAGUGUAUGGCAAAACAAUUGGAAGCUUUCUUCCUAAAGAUUCUCCUCUCCGGAAGGAUCCUGCCUACUAUGUCCUUAAGGAAGAUACCUCCCCCUGCAUUUUUGGUUCAAUCGAAAAGCAAAGGUGGUCAUAUGCAUGUGCUAAGCAAUUGAUUGAGAGGCUUAUUUAUGCUGAGGGGGCAGAGAAUGGCCUUGAUUUCACCAUUGUGAGACCUUUUAACUGGAUUGGACCUAGGAUGGAUUUCAUCCCUGGUAUUGAUGGUCCAAGUGAGGGUGUUCCAAGAGUUCUGGCAUGCUUUAGUAAUAAUCUCUUACGCCGUGAGCCACUAAAGCUUGUGGAUGGUGGUGAAUCUCAGAGAACUUUUGUUUACAUUAAGGAUGCUAUUGAAGCUGUUCUCUUGAUGAUUGAAAAUCCCGACAGGGCCAAUGGUCAUAUUUUCAAUGUCGGCAACCCAAAUAAUGAAGUCACAGUGAGGCAACUUGCUGAAAUGAUGACUAAGGUCUAUGCAAAGGUAAGUGGAGAACCUUCACUGGAGUCACCAACAAUUGAUGUCAGUUCCAAGGAAUUUUACGGGGAGGGAUAUGAUGAUAGUGACAAGAGAAUUCCAGACAUGACCAUAAUAAAUAGACAACUUGGUUGGAACCCCAAGACAACGCUUUGGGACUUGCUUGAAUCGACCCUUACCUACCAACACAGGACUUAUGCUGAGGCUAUCAAGAAAUCCAUGGUAAAACCUAUUGCAUCCUAAAUAGGUAAAGAUGUUCAGACCAUGCCUAAGGAAGGAUGCAUGUAAAAUUUACUUGUUCGAAAAAUGUUCCAAUUCUUUUUUUCUUUUUAAGGAGUCCUAUAUAUAUCUGAAUUGUUGAUUUUACUUGUAUGCUACAUUUUGGGUCAUCCCUUGUGUCAAUAGUUAAUAGCUCACAUUAGCUCAGGCAGUUAUGUUCCCUUUGUGGUCCUAUGUGUAGAUUAUUAAAUUUCUUACUGAUCUGAACCGAUAUUGUGUUCGUAUUAUAUAUGUUUUGAGUUUUAAGCUA